CCACCGAUGUUGAUGUUUGUACUGGGGAUGUGGACAAGAUGAAGUGGAUUUCUGUGGUGCUCACGUUGGUGGUAACGACGCAUUAUAUCGAUCUAUGUGCGGGAAUCCUUGGAAACCAUUUUUGGAAGAUUCAAAGACUGGUGCAUGAAAGAAGAGUCAAUGAUUUAAGAGGAAUACUUCCAGGAGAGUCUGUUUGUGAACUUUUCAUUACUCAGCCAUUGGACCAUUUUGAUAGACUGUCACAGGAGGCUGGAGAAACAUUCAAGCAGAGGCUCUUUGUCAACGAUCAGUUCUAUGAAGCUCAUAAAGGACCUGUUUUUCUGUAUAUUCAAGGGGAGGGAACUCUGAGUCCUGUGUCUGCCAAGUCAGGUUUCCCAGCAGAAUUGGCUAAAACAGUUGGUGCUUUGAUUGUGGCAGCUGAGCAUCGUUUCUAUGGUGCCAGUAUCAAUGACGAUGGCCUUAAGUUGGAUUCCCUGCGACAUUUGUCCAGUCAACAGGCGCUGGCUGACCUGGCAGAAGUUCACUCUUUCAUAUCUCAGAGAUACAACUUGUCACAGGACCAUCCCUGGGUUUCUUUUGGUGGCAGUUAUGCUGGUGCUCUGUCAGCAUGGUUUAGGGUGAAGUAUCCUCACCUCGUCAUUGGAGCCCUAGCCUCUUCAGCUCCCGUCAGAGCUCUCACAAACUUUGAAGGCUACAACGAUGUGGUUGCAGCUAGCUUGGAAUCUUCCAUUGUCGGAGGAACAGAGGAGUGUAUGACACAGAUCCAGCAAGCAUUCAUCCAGAUUGAUGCCUUGCUGAAAUUGGGAAACCACACAUUGUUGGAGGGUUACUUCAGCUCAUGUGAACCAGUCAUUGACCCUCUAGACCAACUUACUUUUGUGUCAAACCUUGCAUCCAUCAUCCAGGGUUUGGUCCAAUACAACAAUGAAGUACCAGGGUUGGACAUUGAUGGAAUAUGUGGUAUCAUGCAGGUGACCAGUGAUCCACUCAGAAAUCUGGCUUCUUUAAACACACAAAUCAUGAAAAAUUCUAAUAUCUCCUGUGUGAACAACUCCUAUGCUGAAAUGGUUAAAAUGAUUGGUAACACAACAGUGGACAGGAAUGCAGAGGGGCCAGGCAUGAGACAGUGGAUCUGGCAGACAUGUACCCAGUUUGGAUAUUAUCAGACUUGUGAUGCAAAAACAAACUGUCCAUUCUCCCGUCUGAUAGACCUCCCCAGUCAGACGAAGCUCUGCAGCGACUUCUUCAGUAUCUCACCACAGGACAUCCCUAAGUUUGUGAGCUUCACUAACGAGUACUAUGGUGGGGAUACUCCACACGGCAACAAGAUCAUCUUCUCCAAUGGUUCUAUUGACCCCUGGCACAAACUAGGUGUACUGACUGACCUCAACCCUUCGGAACAGGCAGUGUUUAUAAAGGGCACUGCUCACUGUAAUGACCUCCGUUCUAGUAAUUCAAAGGAUCCGCCACAACUCACUGCCGCGAGAAAGAAAAUUUCUUCCAUAAUAAUGGACUGGCUUAAAGAAGCAAGUGUAAGCGAGGUAAUUUAGUGCAAAAUGGAGACAAAUUUGUGAUUUACAAACGACUGAAUGCAUGUUUACCUGUUGAUGUACAUUAUAAACAUUGUUGUUUCCUUACAUUAUAUUGGAGAUGGAAGAGGAAUUGUUCACAGAAGAAGAAUCCAAUUAUUUCCUAGAACUUGUGAUAAUGAAAGAAGUUUUUUUCACACCUUGUGAUAAGAUUAAGAGUUAACAUCAUGUUCAUAAUUUUAUACACUAAUUUUGCAAUCACCAUUGAAGAGAAUGUGUUUAAUAUUUCCAGAGUUGAAAUAUUCCAUUAUUUUUAUAAAUCUUUACCAGAAAUUUACCAGGUUCCUGUGAUAACACAAUGUGUGAUAUUUGAUAAAAUAAAGAUGUUUCUCUUGCCUUA